AUGAUCCCUCGAGCCUUACCAUACGUCAACUUCAUCGUAGCUUCUUCUGCUCUCCUUUUCCAGACGACGGUGUUAUUCCCUUGGCAUCAUGUCUUAAGUGAUGAGUUUGAGAGGCUGAAAGCUGAACAAGCCCGUCAAUUGGAAGAACACCACCAAGAGAAAAGGCAACUGUUAGAUGCGUUACAUCUCAAAUUGGAGGAUCUGACUAAAACGGUAGCUCCUGAGCUGUUCAAAGAGGCCGGAAGUAGGAUUGUGGAAUCGGCCAAACAGAAUCAGAAUCAGCAGUGA